GUCGUUAUUUUAUUUCGUCUCUACCACCUGAAAUGCAAACGAGUCUUGUACGUUGUUAUCGUCGGCGGAUGAAAAAGAUAAUUUUCUCGUUGUACCCGUCUUUCCGUUGAACAAUGAUGUUGCUUCCUCAAUAUAAAUUUCGUUCGGUAUCAUGGCUCUUUAUGUGUUGUGAGUUUCAUAUAUACGAAUUUGAAUUUCGUUGUAGAGCAAUGUGAGGCCAUAACCUUGGAGGUGUAGGUGUAGUUUAGAGCGCAUGUUCUGGUACUAGGUAGUAGAUGUAGUAGUUUUUUCGAGUCCUCCUGCAACAACUGCUACUUUCGAAUCAUCUCCCUACGCAGGAAGAACUACAUCAAGCCACAAGAUGGCGAAUCUGAACACUUCGAAAUGGCUGUCGGGCAUGAAUUGCACCGGAGUCUCGGCACAGGACAACCAGAAAUUGCAGUCGCAGAAGGUGCAGCGAAAAGAAACCGUGAGGGAUUUUAGGCUGAAAACGUUCUGGAAAAACAAAAUAGACGAGUCAAACAACAACGAAAGAAGAGAGAAGCUGCACGUGAAUAACCACGGAGACACGUUGGAAGCCAGUACUUCAUUUUUUUUGUUGUUGUUGUAUCUGCGCUUGCAGUACUGUCGUAUGUGAGGGUACUAGAGCAGUUGUUUGAUGGUAAACUAAUUAUCGUGCACAAGUAGAUAUGCCAUUACUCAGAUUGCUAAAAAAAUGAAUCGUAUCAAUAUCAGCCCGCGCCUUUCACGUAAACCGAAACUCCAUGCACACUUGGAGACACACCACGGCAAGGAAUUUCCGCGACACCGCGUACAGGCAGAAACAGGAGAGGUUUGAAGCGCAAGCCAUGAAAAAGGCAGCACAAACAGACUCCUUCAUACAAAGGUACAUAUCGUAGUGCCAUUCGUCUUUUCUAAAAAGCUGUCAUGCAACAUGCGUAGAAGCGACUCUCUGUUUGUCAUGCAUACGCUUGAUCAUGAUUCGUGAAGAUGAUUAAAAUUGGAAAAAAAAAUUAAACUACUAGGCGCACACGACUCCUGGUAGAGAUGGCGGGUGACGAAAGAGCGAAGCGGGAGAUCGCGCUGCGCGAUUGCCGAGCCGCUACCAUGACUGACCUCAACGCGUACCGGGCUGCAAACCUAAAGUACUGCGGAAAUCCAAAAUGGUAG